UUCAAAAAGACAAAAUAAUAGAGAGCCUCUUCUGACACUGACUCCAUUUUUUUUCCUGCCGCGGCUUUAUCUCUGCAGAUCAAGAUUUCAUUUCAACCCAAAAGAAAAAAAAAAGGUUUUAUAUUACGCGGUGAUAAAAGAAGCUUAAGCAGAGUAGUAAUUGUUUAUUUCUCCCUGUCCAUUGGAGCUCUUUCUUUUUCUCCCUAGUACUUUCAUCUGUACCACCAAGCUCUUGAUGUGUUCUGCUUCUUACUAAGUGGGAUUGUUUCAUUGGGGUCCCGCUUUUCAAGAUUGGUUUUUUAAUUUCUUAGCUCAGAUUUGUAAAUCAUGGGAUUAUUCUCAGAAUGGAUUUUAGUUGUUGGGUUUAUUUGGGCAUUUGAUUUGGAUGUUAUUUGAUCCCAGACCUUGAAGUUGGGGGUAUUUGUGUCAAGCUUGUAACUUGAUUUCAUUUAAGUGGUCAUCUUACUGUUGUUAAGAUGUGGGAGCAAUUCUAAAGUUCCUUCAUUUAUUUGUUUGUUUUCCUCGUUUAGUUAGGAAUAGAAAGGGAUACUUUCAGUUCGUCUAGUUGGUUUGUUUGGGUUAUCAAUUAGAGGAAAGAUUUAGGGGAAGUCAAAAUGGGAGAUGGUUUUUAUUCUGUUGAAGAAUUCAGUUUGGACCCCAAAUGGUUGAUUGAUCCGAAGCUUCUCUUUGUUGGUCCCAAGAUUGGAGAAGGCGCUCAUGCCAAAGUCUAUGAGGGCAAGUAAGUUUGUCAAAUUUAAGCCAAUAUUUUUAGCUAUUGCAGAUGUAUUGAAUCUUGAUCUUCUAGAAAAUGGAUUUCUUUAUUUAUUCUUUUCAUAAAGUGCCGAAUUGCAUUGCACUGCUAUGUAAUAUUGACUUGUCUCUGUCAAUGUUAUCACUUCCUUAACGAUUGAUGUAUGAUUUUCAACUUUGUUUUUAGCAGUGCGUGAUUUAACUUCCGAAAUAAAUUUAACAUUAAUGGAUAUUAGUUCUCACUCUGUUUCUCUUACAUCUUAAUUUGUCUUAUUUCUUGAUUUUCCCUUUUUUGCAGGUACAAAAACCAGAAUGUAGCUAUCAAAAUUGUUCAUAAAGGGGAGACUGCAGAGGAGAUUGCUAAGAGGGACGCUCGGUUUGCCAGAGAGGUUGCCAUGUUAUCAAGAGUUCAGCACAAAAACUUAGUGAAGUUUAUUGGAGCGUGCAAGGAACCAGUCAUGGUGAUUGUGACCGAACUUCUUACUGGUGGGACACUGAGGAAGUACUUGCUAAACUUGCGUCCUAGAUGCUUGGAUACACGUGUUGCUAUUGGCUUUGCCCUUGAUAUAGCCCGUGCAAUGGAAUGUCUACACUCUCAUGGCAUAAUUCAUCGUGACUUAAAACCUGAAAAUUUGCUGUUGACGGCAGAUCAUAAAACUGUUAAGCUGGCGGAUUUCGGCCUGGCAAGAGAAGAGUCUUUGACAGAGAUGAUGACUGCUGAGACCGGAACUUAUCGCUGGAUGGCUCCGGAGCUUUACAGUACUGUCACAUUGAGGCACGGAGAGAAAAAGCACUAUAACCACAAGGUGGAUGCUUAUAGCUUUGCAAUUGUUCUUUGGGAGCUCAUACUUAAUAAAUUGCCAUUUGAAGGAAUGUCAAAUCUGCAGGCAGCAUAUGCUGCAGCUUUUAAGAAUGUGAGACCAAGUGCUGACGAUCUCCCUCAGGAUUUGGCUGUAAUUGUAACGUCAUGUUGGAAAGAAGACCCCAAUACUAGACCCAACUUCACUCAAAUAAUACAGAUGCUUCUGCAUUAUCUUUCGGCUAUUUCGCCGCCAGAACCUGUCAUACCAGCCCGUAUAUUCACUUCUGAGAAUUCUGUCUUACCACCCGAGUCUCCAGGUACAAGUUCCUUGAUGGCAAAAAGGGAUGACUCAGGAGAAACCCCAAAGACACCAAUGGAGAAUAAUAAGUCAAGAGGGGGUUUAUUCUUCUGUUUUGACCAGUGUUACUAAAUCUUUGGAAAUGGAGUUCACCUAAGUCAGUCAUCCAGUUGUUAAUGCCAGAACUUUCGUGUACAUAGGAGAUAACCUAUAACAGUGCUUCUGUACGAGGUGUAGUGGAAAUUUUGAAACAUCUUAGUGCAGAACAAAAGAAGGUGAAGGUGGUGCAGCAGAUGAGUUUUGUUGGAAUAUUGGAGUUGAAAUGUACGUACAACUUCGACAUAAUAAUGUAUCCGUGGCUAGUAGAUGGAGCUUUUGAAAUUGAAGACUUUAGUAAACAAGAAUAAUGUGGGUAGAUUGGAAGAUACAUCAAGUAGUGUAAUGUUGUACUGAAACACUUGACUAGUGGAAAGAGGAAAAACGAAAAAGAAAAAAAUGAGGAACGGUAAUAAAACUGGAUCUAUCAACUUCUUUUUUCUUUUGCCUUUUGAAUUGACAAGUGUUCAUUAAACCUGUUGAAAAUCAGUGAGCCAAAAUGUUAGAAUCGGCUUGAGUAGCUACUUCAUGAGCAGCAGAAGCUUCUUGGACGAUAGUUAUUGUCGCAGGCUGUGGAAUGUGAUGUAAAACAGGAGCACAAAGGAGCUAGCACACAAGACCGCUCCUAGUGAAGCCAGAACAGCACGGCAGAAUCUCCAAGUCGACAUAGUGGCAACCCAGAGCCAGACCCAGAGAUACCUGGAGAACAUACAAAGCUGCCCUUAAUGCCAUGAAUUCUGCCAACUCUGGAUGAUUAAAACCCCCAUAGGAAUUUCCUCUUGCGCGUGAAUGAGUCGAAAUUGCACCAUCUUUGGCCUGCAGGCUGCAGCAUAUAAGUUAAAAUGCCUGCGGAGAUAGUUUUCCCAACAUUGAAAUGCUGAUCAAGAUGCGCGCAUGAGAAGUAAAGUUGCAGACGACACUAUAAUAUAUUCAAACGUACUGCUUACCAUCUCCCCCUCUCUCGUUAGUAUUUAAAGCAGGGCCUUCAUAAUCCGAAGCCUUACACCCUGCUGAAUCCAAAACAUGAAAAGCAAAGUUGCACCAGGAGAAUUAAUUAAUGCUCGCAGUUUCUUCUGUGACCCAAAUAUUCCCACAAAAAUGAACAAGUUGAUUUAAAGAAUUUAAUGCCAUUGAUUGAAACACAAAGGUCAGCUCCAUCGUUCUGGCAAACUGAUUCCUAAUCCAAAUCAACGAGAAAUUGGGCAUUGGGGGACCGACCGUGACUAAUGAAUUCCUAAUUCUAAUAGAUAAGAAAUUGGCGAGUGAGGCUGGGAACAGCUGCGGUGGAGGAAGGGAAAUGUGGAAGGGCCGACGACGAUGAGAAAUCGGGGCUGGAUGAGGAAGGAAAUUGAAAUUGAUUUGGGAUCUUUUGGCUCUAAAACAAAUUAACAUCUAUGGACCCCUAUUAAUAUUCCCUCCAUCACAAAUUGAUUGUUCAGUUUGGAUUUUAGAACAAUUUGU